AUGAGAUUUGGAGUGUUCAACGACCCAGUUCAUGGUCACAUUUCAAUGCAUCCUCUCUGUGUGCUUAUCAUAGACACCCCGGAAUUUCAGAGACUUCGUCACAUUAAACAGAUAAACGCAGCAUAUUUUGUUUUCCCGGGAGCCUCGCACAAUCGCUUUGAACAUUCACUUGGCGUGUGCUACCUGGCUGGCCGAGUUGUAAGGAAACUCAAGAAACAGAAGCAACCCAAUCUAGACAUAAAUGACAAAGAUAUACUGUGCGUACAAAUAGCAGGACUUUGCAAUGAUUUGGGUCACGGGCCCUUUUCGUACUUGUUUGAGCAUCGUUUCCUUCCACAAAUGCAGCCAAACUGCAAAUGGACGCACAAGGAGGCGUCUGUAAUGAUGUUCAGCCGUUUGAUCGAGAAGAACAAUUUGAUAGAUAAAUUCAAAUUGUACGGUCUUGAAAACGAGGAUAUCACCUUCAUUAAGGAAUUACUGAAUGUAAAAGCUGAAGAACAGGAUCCAGAAUGGAAAUACACUGGAAGAGAUGAAUCCAAGAGAUUUCUGUUUGAGAUUGUGACAAACGUUCGCAACGGCAUUGACGCUGAAACAUGGGAUUCCUGCGCGCGAGAUUGCUUGAUGCUCGGAAUGAGCAGCAGAUUUGACCACAUGCGGUGCAUCAAAUAUGUCCGCGCGAUCAAAGUAAAAAACAAAUAUCAGAUUUGUUUUCGCGACAAGGAAAAACGUGAUUUUGACGAGCUGUUUUUCAUUCUGGCAAAACUAAAAGACAUGGCUUAUCAGCAUAAAACAACAUUCAUCGCAGGUGAAAUGAUUGUCGAAGCUUUAGUGAAAGUCAACGCUCUAAUUUUGUUGAAAGGGACAAAUAGGUACGUGCCAUAUGGCAUCCAAUUCAUAUUGUCAUCUCUUUGGAAAAACAAUACUAUUAAAGUAUUAACAAUAAAGGACAAUUCAGUAUGA